UUACCAAGAAACCCUUUCGCAGCCUCUUCUUUUUUUUCUCUUGGUUGAUUCCUCACGCUCCUCUUCUACCAAGGUAGGCAGGCGAUUGACAAAUGCUCGCCUAAUUUUCGGGAUAUAAUCCUUGAGUCCUCUCAUUCUCGUACAUCAAACCAACCCUUUGCCGCUCUUUGCAAAAAAAUACAAAAAAUAAAUAAAUAAAAAUAGCCAAGAAAGAAUUCCUGAUAACUCAGCCCAAAAAAACCGAUUCAACCGCGAAACACGACACAGCCACGACUCGCAUUGUGUUGACUCGAUAUCUCAACGGUGGUAUUGCUUUGCUGAAACACCAAAUCGCAGCUGGCGCCACUUCCGCUCGCAUUAUUUUCGUGACGACACCUGACCCUUAGCAGCUUGCCACCCGUUAAGCCUCGAUAAGAAGCUCGAGUGUUCAGCGACUUUUUUUUUUUGGAUUUGGACUUGUGCCUAGCGGCGACCUUUACGCCUGACACCCGACCUAAACAGCGCCAACGACAUCACGGCCUAUUCCUCCGACGUAGCUUAUAGUCUCCACGCUCCCUGACGCAAGAGCUCUGCGAGCCUGAACCAGCCUAUUUAUAUUAAGCGACGCAACAAGGUCGUCGCCCCCAGCACCGACAGCCUCCAACGCAAGACACGCAGAAACGACUGGAUCGCCAGAGGCAGACGACAGAACCAAAAAAGAAAAGUCAAAGUCAUAUAUACUUCCCAUUAAAAUGGCUCCCGGAAUCUUUGAACGCAUCCAAGCCAGGAUUGAGCUCUUUAGGCUCGAGCAGCGCUACACCAAAAGGCGGAACCGCCGGUCCACCUUUGUGUCGAAUGCCAUGUACGUGGACGGCGAGUACAUUUACAACACUCCGGCGUCAACUGGCAGCUCCACAAACUCGACCUCGACGUCGCCCAGCAAGUCGAACACUGUAGGGAGCUCCUACACGACAGACAACGUGCCUUCCGGAUCGCCGACGCACAAGCCCGGCAAGAAGCUGAACCGGUUCUCAUCCAUGCCCGGGUUUGGAUCUCUAUCGAAGUCUUCAGGCAGCCGACAAGCCGAAGAUUGGAGGAGAGAAAACGUCAGCGUCACCGAGGUGCGGUAAAUUACGGGUGUCGACAAAUGACGAUACUCGCAAACCUAAGAAAUAAACCAACAAAAAAACCGGAAUGAAAAACAGGGGCGGACGGGAGCGUUUGCAGCAUUUGAACAGCGGGAAGAAAGCAGUCCAUGGAAGGGCUCUUUGUACCCAGCAGGAGCAACGGCUUGUUUUUCACAUUUCCCCCUUUGGGAGUACAAACUUCUUUUCUUGUCCUUCUUUACUCACCAUUUUCCACUUUCCUUUCGUCACACAUGAUAUAUCUCCUACUGUUGACUGGCAUGAUAUUUACGCUGGUGACACUCCUCACGGAUGUGCCUAGGAUAAGUCAACAUAACGACUGACUACCUGUGGGCAGCAAGCCAUGGCUGGUUCCUGCCCACGUUUCUUUUUUACAUAUCGCGUUUUUGCGUCCCUUAUUGCUAUUUAAUCGUCUCUUGUCAUUGUUAGAUCUGGUGUUUUUUGGGUCCUGGGAGACUGGUUGUCUUGCUGUUAUGGAAAAGAAAGAAUGGCGCUUGCUUCAUCGGCCGAAACCAACUGUUUUUGAUCAACACCCUGACUUGUUCAGGGUCAAUAUAUUUUUUAUCUUACUUAUUCUGGCUCAACGCUGUCACCCAUGUGCCCAUCCUUUCCCUCUCGCCCGAUGUCCACAGUUAAAAUUCUAUCC